UAGCGAGCAGGGAGAGCAGGAGGAGGAGAGAGAGGCUCUGCAGCCCCCACCCCUACUCUGGGAGACCCGGGGACGGAGCGAGCGAGAGACCCCUGCCUCGCGCACGCCGGAGGCAGCAGUCCUGAAGAGGCUGACCCCAGACCCAGAGGAGGACGCCUCACCCUCACCUCACGCUCAACAAAUUAACCCCACAGACCCAGAUCUAGAAGGAAGGAGACCCCCGACCUCAGGAGACAAACGAACCAAACAGAAAACCCACCCCCUCCCCAAGAGAGGAGUCAGGCCGGACCCGGAGAAUCCGGUCUCAACAAGGACCUCCAGACCCACGUCCAUCUUAGACUUCGGGCCCUGGGUUGGUAGUUUUGGGGGCCCCAAAGCGGAGACCUACUCAAAGAAAAAGAUGAAACCAGCGUUAGAAAGCACCCCAGCCCAGAAUGAGACCUUAGGAACUAGCUGGAGAUGAGGAACCCCAGAUUCCUAUGUCAGGGAAAACUGAAAACUCGGGGGUGAAUGCAGAGACAUUCGACGGCCCCAGAGAUGGAGAGAUCUGAAACUCAUAAAUCUCAGAGACCUUAGUCGGGGAUCCCUGGACUCAAUUCCCAGAAGCAACUCGAAAGCCAGCCAGCCAGCCACCGGCCGGGGCUUCACGGAAAUGGGCGGGCCACUUCCGCACACGUCCUCGGCCCUGGCUGCCGAUUGGCCAGAGGGCCCUGCGCCCCGCCCCCUCGGGAGGCGAGGCAGUCGGGCCACUGGAGGGCCGCGAUUGGCCAGAUCUGGAGACUCCCGUCACGUGGCCGCAGGUCAGAGGCGGGUGCUCCUCCUGGGCUCCUCCGGGUCCUUCCUCGGGGAAGCGCGCGGCCUCCGAUCUCAUCCCUUCUCCGCCAGCCCGGCUGGCCGCAUGAGCUGGGGGCGGGCCCCCGUCGUCCUGCUCGGCGGAGGGGCCACGCUGCUCCUGUCGUUUCUUUGGAUGCCCGCGCUGCUGCCGGUGGCUUCCCGCCUUCUGUUGCUACCCCGAGCCUUGCUGUCCAUGGCUUCUGGAAGCCCUCCCCUGCCCUCUCCGGCCUCGGGCUCCGCCGGCUACGUUCCAGGAUCAGUUUCUGCAGCCUUUGUCACUUGUCCCAACGAAAAAGUCGCCAAGGAGAUCGCCAGGGCCGUGGUAGAGAAGCGCCUGGCAGCCUGCGUCAACCUCAUCCCGCAGAUCACUUCCAUCUAUGAAUGGAAAGGAAAGAUCGAGGAAGACAGCGAGGUGUUGAUGAUGAUUAAAACCCAAAGCUCCCUGGUCCCUGCUCUGACAGAGUUCGUUCGAUCUGUGCACCCUUACGAAGUUGCUGAGGUGAUUGCAUUGCCUGUGGAGCAGGGAAAUCCCCCAUACCUGCAUUGGGUACGCCAGGUCACAGAAUCAGUUUCAGAUUCUGGCACAGCCCCCUCCUCUGCUUAAGGCCCUCUGGUUUCCAGGUGAUGAUGUCUGAGCCCCCCAAUAAAUCCUCUUCUGGUCUCUC